AUGAGCAUUAUCAAGAGUCUAGUGAUUAUCUCCAUUCUCGGAAUAUUCUUUAUACCUCGUUAUUCCGAAUCCGCAAUAUCUUGCAGUACUGUUAUACAAGAUUUGCAGCCAUGUGUAAGCUACUUGACUAGCGGAAGUGGAAAACCUCCGAAGACUUGCUGCGACGGAGUUCAAAGUUUAGAUGCGGCGACCACCACAUCCGCCGAUAAGAAGGCGGCUUGUCAAUGCAUCAAAUCAGUGGCUAAUAGUGUCACCGUGAAGCCUGAAUUGGCGCAAGCCCUAGCUACCAAUUGUGGUGCGAGCUUGCCAGUUGAUGCAUCUUCUACUGUGGACUGCAAAACGUAUGUUUGA